AUGACUAAAGGUUUUCGAGAUAAACUAGGUCAUGGAGGCUACGGUUCUGCUUACAAAGGAAAGCUCCGAAGUGGCCAUGAUGUUGCAGUCAAACUCUUGGGGAGAUCGGGUGGAAAAGGGCAAGACUUCAUGAAUGAAAUCGCAACAAUUGGAAGGAUACAUCAUGUUAAUAUUGUCAAACUAGUUGGAUACUGUGCACAUGGAUCCAAACAUGCCCUUGUCUUUGAUUUCAUGACUAAUGGUUCCCUUGAAAAGUACAUUUUCAAUCGAGAUAACAUGAAACCCUUGAAUUGGAAGACAAAGUUUGAGAUUGCUGUUGGAGUUGCUCGAGGGAUUGAGUAUUUGCAUCGAGGCUGCGACAUCCAGAUUCUCCAUUUCGACAUCAAGCCGCAUAAUAUACUCUUGGAUGAUAAAUUCAUCCCAAAAAUAUCUGAUUUUGGGCUUGCAAAGUUUUGCUCUACAGGUAAAAAUACAGUGAGCUUGAAUACAGCUAGAGGAACUAUAGGGUAUGUUGCUCCUGAAUUGAUAAAUAGAAGUAUGGGGGCAGUCUCUUACAAAGCUGAUGUGUGUAGUUUUGGGAUGAUGUUAAUUGAUAGGGUGGGGUUGAAGAGAGACUUGAGAAGAAAGAACGACCAUUCCAGCCAGUAUUUUCCAUAUUGGAUAUAUGAUUGUUUCGAGCAAGGAAAGGAUAUUGAAAUUGAAGAAGCAAAUGAAAUGGAGUUUGCCGAUGAGAAUGAGGGCAGAAAAAUUAUUAUUAAGAAUAUGACGAUAGUUGCAUUGUGGUGUAUACUGAUGUCACUAGACGGUCGUCCAUCAAUGAAUAAAGUUCUGGAGAUGUUGGAAGGAGAUAUUGAACAUUUGCAUAUUCCUUCUCAAUCAACCCAGAUCGGAGUGAGUUUUGAUCAAAUCGAAAUUGCAUGUUCAUCUGAUUUGGUUUCCUUGUUGCAUCAUGUCGAUGCUUCGAUCGAGGCCGAAGUGUGA